AUGAACACCGUUCAACGUCGAAGUCUCUUCAUUAUUGUGUGGCUUUCACUUUCACCAUGCGCCAGACCACAAACUACAACUUCUACCGUUUUUUACCGACAGCGGAGUGGAGGCUCGAUUUUUUCUAUCGAUGGACGAGAUGGCACUCAGAUGGAAAUUGAAGGCUCAAGUAAUUAUGCGCGUUUUGUCGGGCUGGCACUUCAUCGACGAAAGGAUCGUAUUGUAUGGAGUGAUGGCCGUUCGGUGAAGAGUGCGAGUGCAGUUGAUGGGUCCGAUGUGAAAUUUUUAAUUGGAGCACUUGCUCGAAUUGUGUGGGUGGGGGCAAAUUUUGGCCAUACACAAGAAGACAUCGAAGCGCUGACAGUGAAAGGCAUUCAAUGUGAAAGCAUUCUCUCGUGGACAUCCGAACGUGUUGAGUGCAUGGUUGGACUUCCUCAAUAUUAUACAAAAGCCCUUUUGAGUGAAACGGAUUGCAGUAUCCGGACAAAGUACGGAAUUAUGUCCGGAAUUGCUGCGGAUUUCACCGAGAUCAUUGCGUCGGGUACACUCGCGCCAGUUGUACAACACAUUGACAUUUUUGCAGAUUUUGUUCUUCCACACGCUUUAGCAAUUGAUGAUCGUGAAGGAGAAGAAUGGCUUUACUGGUCGAAUUCGAAAGACGGGACCAUUUAUCGCAGCAGUUUGCAAUCAACUAUUAUUCAAGUAUUGCAACGCCGUUGCUGGAGCGUGCGUGGAUUAACGCUACAUAUCUUUCAAGACACAAAAAGUGACCGCGUAUCUCUGUUGUAUUCCCUUGAAUCUAAAGGUACAAUCUCUUAUAUUGAGUUACCUCCUACAAAUAAGGUAAUCAAAUCACCACCUGCUGCACGGGUGCUCUUACGUGGUCUACAUUCCCCUCGAGGUUUGGCUAUAGACACCGCAAAACAAAUUCUUUUUUUUACUGAAAAAACUGGUCGGAUAUUCCAGACAAACUUUGGCACAUGCCUUACAACAUCUGAUGCUUACUUGAAUGAUUGUGUCGAGGAAAAUUCUAUGUUAAGAGCUCGUCAAAUCAUAGCACGAACGUCAAGAACAAGGCUCGAUGGCAUUGCUGUAGAUUCUAAGUAUUUAUAUUGGUGUGAAUCCAACACGAACGUUGUUGUUCGAGCUCUGCGUCGUGACUAUCAGCCCCAAACUAUAAUCGGUGGAACUGCAAAUUCAAAAUUGAGCUGGCCUCGAAGCAUUGUUCUUGGCUCUGAAGAUGGUGAGACGAACGAGCUUACCCAAAGCUACUUCUAUUCCGAAUACACAGGCCGAGUAAGCAAGGGCUUAGAGCAAAUCAUUCUUGUUAACGAGUUGAAUGCACCAGCGAUGGAGUAUUUGGACGAUAUAGUGAAACAAUCGACCACGCAACGAGAUGGGAAUCACUUUUACAUGUAUGCAUUAGAAUAG